AUGGCCGACACCGACCUCGAAUCCAUCGGGCGCAACUGCCAAUACGAAUUCUGCGGCCAACUCGACUUUCUGCCGUUUCGCUGCGAGUCCUGUCGCGGCACCUAUUGCCUCGAGCACCGCACCGAAUCCGCACAUAAAUGUAGCCACCCCGGCGAGUGGGCGAAACGGAAACGCGCCGAUAAUGGCGUAAACACAACAUCAUCAGCGAAAGCAAAAGCAACGGUGUAUAAUACAGACCAGUGCUCACACCCUUCCUGCAAAUCCCUCAUCAACACGCCCACCCGGCUCGGCGUGCAUUGCGACAAGUGUAACCGGAACUACUGCCUUUCGCAUCGUCUCGGCGAGGAGCAUGACUGCGCGAAGCUUGUCCCGUUGGGAGCGAGGGUUGGGGCUGGUACAAAGCCAGGCGAGACGAUACGGUCAAUGUUCUCGAAGCUACGCGGGAUGAGCAAGGACACGGCGCCGAAGAUCAGCGCGCCAAAGAUCAAACUGCCGAAUAAUAUCCAGUCGCGGAUGGGAGGGCGGAGCGCGGUGGCGCAGUUGAACGAGAUGAAGCGCGCGGCCAAGGGGGAUGCGGCGGUGCCGAUGGAGAGGAGGGUGUAUUUGCACGUCGUCGGCACGGUCGAUACACCGUCUACGAAAGCGACGGAGCCGCCGCGGGGAGAUUUUUUUUAUGAUGCGCGCUGGAAGGUUGGCAGGGUGCUGGAUGAUGCGGCACGAAGGCUAAAGGUUGAGAAUGUGAAUAAUCGUGGUGGUGGCGAGGAGGCCAGGCUGAGGAUCUUUCAUAUCGAGGCAGGCGAGUUUUUGGAGUUUGCGGAUUCGAUUGGAGGGGACAAGUCGAGGGUGAAGUCGGGCCAUACGAUUGUUUUGCUUAGAGGGGCGGGGGUGUUGUUGGAUAGGUGA